AUGUCGGAGAAAAAGCCAGUGGUUGGCCUCUCAUGGCAACCACAGUUGCCUUUUCCAUAUGAUCCAUCUCAUGCCCAAUUUCCAGCAGCCAAGGGACAGAAUAACACUAUCUGGAAACCAAAUUCCGAAUUGGUUGGUGGACUAUUGGUUCCUCCGAAUGAUCCCAGAAAAUUAAAUAAGUUAUUGAGACAGCAAGUUAAGGAUACUUCUGAAAAAGGAUGGUUUGGCAUGCCUGCUCAAACCAUGACCCCUGAGCUACAGAGAAAUCUGAAGUUACAAAAGUUGAGGGGUGCCAUUGAUCCAAAACGGCACUACAAGAAGUGUGAUUCAAAUUCAAAGACUCUUCCAAAGUACUUUCAGAUCGGAACAGUUGUAGGAUCUCCGCUGGACUACUUCUCAGGCAGAUUAACAAAGAAAGAAAGGAAAGAAACGUUUGCAGAUGAGUUGCUUGCUGAUAAAAAAGAUUCAGCUUACAGGAAGCGUAAGGUUCUAGAAAUCGAAGAGCAGAGGCAACCAGCUGGGAAUGCAAAGUGGAAGAUCAGAGGCCAAAGUUCUCUGAAACGUGCAAAAGAAAGGAGGAAGUUCUGA